AUGUCUCCAGACCUCGCGGGUCUCGUGGUUAGGGAGUGUAAAGCCGAGAACUUCCAGGAUUGUGAGCUAGUCUUCUCAGGUUUAGACAGCGAUGUAGCGGGAGACGUCGAAAUGGAGUUCUUGAAGGCCGAGAUCGCCGUGUUCUCGAAUGCAAAGAACUACAGACGACAUGAAAAGGUGCCGCUGGUGGUGCCUACCGUCAACCUAUCACAUCUGAGAUUAAUCCCACACCAACAGCAGCACUUUGGUCUCAAGAAAGGUUUCCUCGUGUGCAAUUCGAACUGUGCUGUCAUCGGGAUCGUUAUUCCAUUUGCAGCCCUUCAGGCCAAAUUUGGACCCGUCGAAGACGUCGAAGUGUUUACAGAACAAGCCGUAUCUGGUGCGGGCUAUCCAGGUGUCGCCAGUAUGGACAUCAUGGAUAACGUCAUUCCAUAUAUCGCUGGAGAAGAAGACAAGCUUGAGACCGAAGCCCAAAAGAUCCUCGGCUCGAUCAACUCGGAAGCCACAGCAUUCGAGGAGCAGUCAGGCCUGACCGUGGGGGCUACAUGCACCAGAGUCGGCGUCACUGAUGGUCACAUGGCAUUCGUCUCGUUGAGAUUCAAGCAGAGACCUCCACCAAGUGCGGAGCAAGUCAAGGCAGCUAUGAGAGAAUACGUGGCAGAGGCACAGAAGCUAGGGUGUCCAUCAGCACCUGAGAAGGCUAUCGUGGUCUUCGACGAGCCAGACCGACCGCAGCCGCGACUCGACCGAGACAUCUCUGGGGGAUAUGCUGUCAGUGUUGGCAGGGUCCGUGAAGCUGCGAAGGGGUCCCAUUUCGAUAUCAGAUUCGCAGCCCUCAGCCACAACACGGUUAUUGGUGCAGCAGGAUCGUCCAUCCUGAACGCAGAGGCUGCCAUUAUCCAGGGUUUGCUGUGA